AGUGGCGGGUUACACCCACGACCCACGACCCGUGGAGCAGUUCGGUUCGGCCAAGGGCUGACAUCAACGAUGGGAACCUCUUGUCUAAAAAUUUCGCGCUUCUCACCCACUACGCUCGAAUCUCUCGGCGUAUCCAGCCAUCCCAUCAACUCGCUCUCUUCCCCCCCCUCCUCCGGCCUGCUAAGCUGAUCUGCGUCGCAUCGCCGUCACCGCCAUGAAGAGUGCUUUAUUCGUGAUCUAAAAGAAUCGGCCGAGGUAGAAGGGCGAGAAUCAAGAUUCCCGCACCCGAAGCGCCCCGUCAGAGACCACUCGACGAUGGGCGCCCGCAGUCCUCGCGACUGGCUGACUAGCCUUCCCGACAACCGCAUAUGCUCGCUGAGGUGGCAGUCCAUACUUCGAUAUGCCGCCAUCACCUUCAUCGUCUCCGUAACCUUAUCGGGCGUCUUCUUAUUCCGCCGCCCGGAGGGGUUCCUCCGCAGCGGCGGGUCACACUACUUCGAAUACUUCUGGAACCGGACGGCGAACCAUCCCAUCGAUAAGCUCAUCAGCGACGCCCACACUUUUCACGAGAACUUACUAAAGGAGCGAAGUUUCGACAUCCCCGCGGCCGCCACCCGAUAUCGAGAGCGGCGAGGGCGGCAUCCCCCUCCGGGAUUCGACGCCUGGUUUAGGUAUGCGAAGGAGCACGACGCGAUAAUCGUCGAGUCUUUCUUCGAUCGCAUAUACGCCGACAUCGCGCCGUUCUGGGGCCUCGACCCCCGAGUCACCGCGGAGAGAGCUUCGUCGUGGGAGCACGUAGUCCGCGUCCGCGGCGGCGUCGCCAACGGCACGGGCAACACGGAGGGCAAAGUCCCGUGGUUGCAGCUCUGGACCGACUUAGUGGCCGAAGCCGCGCCUUGGCUGCCGGACGUGGACAUGCCGAUCAAUUACAUGGACGAGUCUCGGCUGAUCGUUCCGUGGGAGAACGUGAGCGACCUCGUAGGCAAAGAAGCGGCGGGUCGCUCGAUCAAGCUGAUCGACGACGUGGUCACGAAAUAUAGCGGCCUUGCCGAAGUCGACGCCGUCGCCGACGAAGCCCAACCUUACCACCCAAAAUGGCUUGGAGGGAGCUACUGGAACCUGACGCGGGUCGCCUGUGCCCCGGAUUCCCCGUCCCGUACCGUAGCACCGAUCGAAAACUUCGAGGAGCUGCCCGUCUUUCCGGACGACUGGAGCCCCGACUACGCUUACAAAGGUUACGUCGAGAACUUUACUUCCGCGAUGGAUCCUUGCGUCCAGCCGCACCUGCGCGGCAUGCACGGUACUUUCGCCGAACCUCUAACGAUGUCGACGAGCCAGGAGCUCAUCCCGUUGUUCGGCGGCUGCAAGCUGACGGUAAACAACGAGAUCCUCAUUCCCGGCGCCAUGUACCUGACCGACGACCCGUUCUAUUCCGGAGGAGACACGCACGGCCCGCCGUGGAGGCAGAAGAUCGACGGCGUCGUGUGGCGCGGCGUUGCCUCCGGCGGCCGCAACAAGAAGGAGAACUGGUCUCACUUCCAACGCCACCGCCUCAUCGAGAUGCUGAACGGGACGACCGUGGCUUCGAUGGAGGAGAACAGCUCCCGGACAAUGACGUUCGAGAUGCCGCCGGUGCGGAAGUAUGACUUUCCGAGGAGGCAAGAGAGGACCAUUGGCACCUGGUUGGAGAAGUUCGCGAACGCGGGAUUCGUCAACCUGCUCUGCUUCCCGGACGACUCCGACUGCGCCUACGUCAGGCCGUACUUCACCGAGCUCCAAGGCAUCCCCAUGAAGGAGCAGUACAAGUACAAGUUCAUGCCCGACGUGGACGGCAACAGCUUCAGCGCCAGGUUCAGGGGCUUCCUGCUGUCGACCUCGCUGCCGCUGAAGGCCACCAUCUACGCCGAGUGGCACGACGACCGCCUGGUGCCCUGGCUGCACUUUGCUCCGAUGGACAACACCUUCCAGGAUUUGUACGCCAUCUUGGACUACUUCACCCGAGAUAGGAAGGGCGACAAGUCGGCGCGCUUCAUCGCCGAAGAAGGCAGGUCGUGGGGCAGCAAGGUGCUCAGGAGGGAGGACAUGCUGCUAUACGUCUGGAGGUUGCUCCUCGAGUUUGCGCGCGUCUGCGACGAGAAGCGGGACGUGCUAGGAUACAUAGACGAUCUGAAUAUGAUAUAAGAACGGUAUAAUGAAUGUAUAUAUUUUCCUCUCACGUUUCGUUUUCGUCUUUACACCGCAUGAUAAUUAUACCCCUUUAUGACUAUUGGCAAUUGAUUUCCUCAUGUCUAUGAAUGUCUGUCGGUUGACUUUGAGGGCUGUACGGGAGAAGUGGCUCUCAUCAGGGACCCCGUUUGGAUCGACCAUGACCUUAAUGUACAUAUGUAGGUACCUAGGUAUGUACCGACUCUUGGAGGCCCAGCAUCAAUCAAUAGUGUUCAUUCGGUACUACAUCGUCAAUCCCAAUUUUUGCCUACCUACCUGAUUUUUUUGGUAUAGUAGCACUUUCAUACCGUAUAGUUGCAAAAUACAACACUAUACCUAAUUAUACCAUAUAAAACCAGUUAGUAUAUGUAAUAAUCAAAUGACCCCUAUAUAAACGGGACCUAUGCGCUUAUCCGUUCCGCUAUAUAUAUAAUGAGGUUAAAAUACGGUACAAUACAAUACAACUAUCGGGUCGACCUCUGUACGCG